AUGUCUCACUCGCACAACACCGACCACACACACGAUGCGUCCUGCGUCAGCGGCAACGUUCUGGACCUCAUCAGACCCAUCCGCAAAGUCAUCACCGCGCCAGACGUUGACCUGAAGACGAUUAACGCGAAGGAGGUCCGGCGCCGGCUGGUAGAGGGAGGGUACGCGGACGAGGCGUUCUUGACGGCAAAGAAGGCCGCCGUGAACGAGCUCAUUCUUGCGAUCUUCAAUCAGGCGACGGGCGUACCUGGUGCUGAGAAGGUGUAUGAGAGUGACGAGGAGGCGUGA